AUGGCCUACCGGGCGCCUCCAGGCCCAAGUUCCCUACCGUCGAAACCUCCUCCUUCUUCCGCGUCCGGCGCGUAUCAGCAUGGCCCGUUCAGGCCUGCCUUUGGCUCGUCCUCGGCCGCCUCCGUCCCGGACUCGUCGUCGACGCGAUAUGGCACCGCGAGUAGCUACGCCCCCCAGCAGCAGGGCCAGCAGUAUGGCACCUCGUCGAACCAGUACUCGUCUGCCGCCAAGUAUCAAACGCCUUCAUACCCCGCCUACCCAGGCAGCGCCGCCGCCGCCGGCUUGAGCGCCGGCUCCCAGCCUCCGUCGUACCCUGGACAGCAGCAGCAGCCGCCGGCGGCGCAAGCGUACAGCGCACACGCGCCUGGUUAUCACUCGACCUCGUCCUACUCCGCACCCCAGAUUCGCAACCCGUUUCCUCUACCUGGCACCGAACCCGCCGCUGCCGUUGGCGGCAUCGGCUUCGACCCCACCGAGGCCGCCCAGAUUGCCGAAUGGCAGACUGCGUACGGUGCCGCUCCGCAGGUCGGACGGGACGGAAAACCCCUGGCGACGACGGCCACCGCCUCGGUCGAAGCGCCCAGACCUGACGCGGACGCCGCCGCUGCCAAUCCUGACAAGAAGAAGACGGUGGCGCGCCAAGGCGGUGGCAAGUCGUGGACCGACGACAGUCUGCUCGAGUGGGACCCUUCCCACAUGCGCAUCUUCGUCGGCAACCUCGCCGGCGAGACCACCGACGAGUCACUCCUGAAGGCCUUUUCGCGCUGGAAGUCUGUGCAAAAGGCCCGCGUCAUUCGUGACAAGCGCUCCUCCAAGUCCAAGGGCUACGGCUUCGUCAGCUUCAGCGAUGCUGACGACUUCUUCCAGGCUGCGAAGGAGAUGAAUGGCAAAUACAUCCAAAGCCACCCUGUCGUGGUCAAGAAAGCCAACACCGAAAUCAAGGCGGUCAACGCCAAGGACAAGAACAAGCAGCACAACAGAAACAAGCAGAAGAACAAGUCGGGCAACCAGGCGAGCGGCGCCAACGGCGGCAGCUACGAGCCUAACCUAGGUCCCAUCGGCGGUGGAGGCGUGGUGAAGCCUGGACAAAAGACCAAGAACGGCCUGCGUCUGCUUGGCUGA